AUGCAUAACUACAAUGAUAAUAGUUCCAGUAAUUGGCAUACAAUAUUAGAAAAUAUGUAUCAACAUAAGACACAAUCUAAAGAUGCUAAAAAAGAACCCUUUUUAGAAAGUACAAAAGGAACAGAAAAUUUGACCAAGGUUUCUGUAGAAAGUUCUAGUAAGUCACUUGAACCAAACCAGAAUGAUAGACCUAAAGUUAAUGAGCUAGCACAAGAGGAGAGUACAAGUGAAAAAGAGAAUAAUAUUAUAUCAAUAAAUGGAAAUGAAAACUUAGAAAACAUGAUUGAUGAAGAGAGAAAUGUUGAACUUAAUAAUAAUAUGAUACAAGAUUCACAGGUUAUAAUGGAGAAUAUAAAAUAUUUAGAGAUCAACAAAACAACUAAUAUGAACUGUAACGAAACUGAACCCUCAGAUGAUGGAUUCACAACAGUAAUUUACAAGAAACACAAGGUCAAAACUAAGAAUAAUUAA